AUGGUCGAUUUCAACAACCUUCUGAGCAGGUUCGUGCUUGCGGCUCCUCGAGCGCUCAACGAUGAGGUCGCGCAAGGUCAGAUGGUCGUGUGUACCCAGAUGUCGAUUGCUGGAAGCGCCGCUUCAUUCACCGUCAAGAUCAUGAAUGCUGGUACUGGCAGGGAUCUGGCAGAGCAGCUGGCGCAGCCGCUGAUCAAAGGGCUGCUCGGCCUGACCGCUUCGGCGGCCGAGCUCGCGGCCGCGACGCAGGCUGAGCAGUCCGUGCAUGCUACAAAGACGUACACUGCUCGUGAGACUGCCCGAUUCUACCCGGGUUGGAGGGACUGGAAGACUGCCUUCGAGCAGGCGGCCGCAGCUCCUCGGCCGCGGACCGACCCGCCCAACACGGGCGGUGCCGGACCUGCCGCGCCAAGGCCGGUCUCGAUUCUCGGAGCCCCGUUUGCUCUCGAGAUGUUUCGCAAGCUGCCUGCCUCUGGGUCAGUGGCCGCUGGUAACGUCGAGGCGGCCGAAGUGCUAGGCCUUUGCGACAAGAUGCCGGCCCUCGGCGCUUCCAUGCUGCCGGAGGCUGUCCGGAUUCAGAGCUUCGCAGUGGCGCUGGAGGCGGCAGCCGGCGAGGCCGCCCACACGUCUCUCCGUGGUGAGAUCUCAGCAAAAGGUCAGCUGACCCUCGCCGAAGCGACGGCCUUCCUCGGACGGUUCGGCCAGGCCUUCAAAGCGAGCGCGCCGUCGCCUGCGGCGCCCGCUACCCCCUACGAAGCGCUCGUCCGCCGCGUCGACGCCGGCGGGCAGUUUGGUGAGUUCAUGGAGAAGACCAUCCCGUUUAUCUGCACCGAUGCUGCGCAGCAGCGAGUUGCCGAGGGCGAUCAGGCGGUCUUCAAGCAGAUGCUUCGCGACUUCAUGUCCUCCGGGCUGGCGUCGCUUCCGGAGGCUGGUCUCUCGGCGCUCGCCGGCGGCCCACCAAUGGACGCCAGCACGGCAGCCAUCUUCAUCAUGAAGUGCCAGCAGGCCAAGAAGAGCUCGAGUGCUCAGCCGCAUGGCGUCGCGCCCGCAGCCUCGGCGCCGCAUAUCAUCGUCCGGAGCGCUGGCGCGAACACUAAGACGGAGCUCGAGGAGGACUCGGACCAGGCGAUCCUCGCCGCCGUGUCGCAGCUCGACCCCAACGCCAAGGCGCUCGUCAACUCGCUCGCUACUGCGCUCGAGUCCGACGGAUCGCCCUCCAACAUCGCCGCCACCGUCGAGGCGAUCGAGACGACGGGAACCGGUGCGCUGCCUUCCGACGUGCAGCGGCUCCUAGUUGCGCGUAGAGAGAGCAUCACACACCUAGCCUCGAGUAUGGCGUUCGACGACCAGUUGGUUGCCAGCAUUCGGUCGCUUCGCCGUGCAUGCCUUCGCCGUUUGGAGCUGUUGCACCAUGCUGGCAGCUCGGACAAGCGGUGGGACGAGAGGCAGCUUCGCAUGGUGGACCGCAUCCGCUGCGGGCGCCUCGGAAGCGUCGAUAUCGCUGUCUUCUCUAAGGAGGGCGAUUCCGCGACCGGCUUCUCGGCCACCGCCCCGCUUGUCCACUUCAGCAAGCUAUCCGAUCCGGGUGCUGAGCUGCUGGCCGAGGCCACCGGCCAAAAGCGCAUGUCUUGA